AUGUCCACGCCUGCAGAACCUAACGCGUCUUUCAAUUUACCACACUUCUCUCCAGAAGAAUGGGGAUCGAUUCAGCAGCCGCCGCCCUCUGCUCUGCAUGCUCUCUCUGCCCGACUUGCCUUUCUCACCUCAUCCCCUUCCUACACUCCGUCGCAGAAAGCGGAAUUACUUACACAAGCACUCACCCAUUCAUCAUGUUUACCGACAAUCAGAAAGUAUUACCCUAGAGCAUCCCCCCCUAGAACGAACGGAGCGCUUGCUAGCGUAGGAAAUGGUUUACUGGGGCUUUUUGCGUCUGAGUGGGUGCAUUCGGCUUAUCCUCAUUUGCCAACGCGAGCGGUCAAAGCUGCUGUAAGUGCAUACGUUGGUCCGCGGACUUUGGCGGAUGUUGCGAAGGAAUGGGGUGUUUCGCCAUUACUGAGAUGGUCGCGUGCUCUCCGAAAUGACAAAGACCCAGGAGUUUUGCAAGUGAAUGCGCUUGCAUCUUUCUCCCGUGCUCUGGUGGCGCUGUUAGCUCACCAUGCUUCCCUCGCCCAUGCACGGGAUUUCACCCAUGUUCAUUUCUUAUCACGCUCAGUGGAUCUUGAACCACUGCUCAAGUUUCGCGCCCCAAAGACUGCGCUCACUGAGACCGUCGCCAAGUUUGGUAGAGAGCGACCAAUAUCAAGGUUGUUGAGCGAAACUGGGCGGUACACCAACACACCGAUGUUUGUAGUCGGAAUAUAUUCAGGGUCAGACAAGCUCGGUGAAGGCUUUGGGCACUCGCUGAAAAUGGCAGAACACCGGGCCGCGGAGGACUCCUUGAAUCGUCUCUAUCUUACCCGACAUCCUUCUCAUCUAACUCAACUCCCAACAUUCUCGUUCCCUCCUUCAUUCACGUCGACGCAUAGCCCUGAAUUACUGGCAGAGUUGUUAGAUUCUAAUCUGAAGACACCACCCCAGCCCCCAAUCCUCGGGGAAUCCGAAGUAUUGUAUGCGAGCAGAGGUUCUUAUGAGAAAUCAUCUGGCACGUCAAUCCCAAAAGCGCGGAAAGAAAGCCAUAUCAAAAAGCCGGUGGAAGGGCGUCAGGGAAGUUUGGAAGACUAUGGCGUUACUGCAUAAUAUAAUGAAUUUUUAUACAAGCCCAUAUUCGUAUGGACGGAAAGGAACCUAAACGUGGUGCACGAGAGCUGAGUCCGAGGUGGUAUGGUCGAGGUUCCGCGCAAUUAUCGUGUGGAAGAGGGAGGGACUCCCCAUUCGGGCGUCCCUUCAGGCCGAGGUACACGUACUUGCUCCCAGUCAUCUCUUGCAGCAUGCUUCCCUCCAUCAGCUUGCAGACG